AUGAGGUCUUCUAUGACUUCUCCAAGGCCAGCCAGCGAGCGGUCGAGUGCACACCGGGGUCGGCCCGCUCCACGGCCGGCUCCACCCCCGCCGAGCACAGCCCGCCGCCGGCCCUCGCCGGGUCCCGCGCCCGGACGCCCCAACUCGGACGCCCCAGCGCGGAGCGGGGCUCUGCGCUCGCAGCCGGCGGCGCCGGCCUCGGGGAAGCGGCCCAGCCAGCGGCGCGGCCAGCAGGGGGCGAGAAGGACGUUCGCAGGGAGGCAGCGCCGGUGCCAGGGCGCGUGCUGCGGCUGCCCGGCUCGGCUCAACGUCUGGACGCCAGGCGCGGUGUCCCGGCAACGGGUAAACAGAUUGGGAACCCAUGCCACGCUCACCUGCUCAACUGAGAAAGGAGUUACCAUGCCAGGUAAAGAGAAGAGAGGAACAGGCCGGGGCAAGUCUCACGGGAAGAAGCAGAAGAAACCUGAGGUGGACAUCCUGAGCCCAGCCGCCAUGCUCAACCUGUACUACAUUGCCCACAACGUCGCCGACUGCCUCCAGCUGCGCGGCUUCCGGUGGCCCGGCGCUCCCAAGGCAAAGAAGGGGAAAGCCAAGACUUAAAGGAUGGCAUUGCACAGCGUAGCUCUGUUACAAAGAACAUAACACGGGGAAGAGAAAUCGGGCUAUUACAACCACUGCAAGCAAAAUAGACUUUCCUGCAGAU